GUUUGAUCUAUAUAGAUCCUAAGAAGCCAUUUGAAAGAAUCGGAAUAGGAUACGAGAGGUGGGGAGAGCGGCGUACAGCGGAGCAGCCAUCGACAAUCACGAGAAGCGGGCAGCAUAGAGAGAACGACAGCGAGAGCGAUCCUUCAGAAUGAGAGGCAUUCGGAUGAAUAAUGGUUUUGAACAAUGUCCUACAAAGCAUGUGAUAGUCAAUUGGACUCUUUCAGAAUGGUACGGAAUCCGAUUUAAAUCUGCGCGAGUAUUGGAUAAUUCUUCUCUUUGGAGCUCUUCUUCGACACUGCCAUGGGUAUAAUAUCGACUCGCGAUCCGACAGCUUCGCCAGGCAGAUACUUCCAACUUCAGUCCGGAGCGAUAACCAGUACUAGGAUAAUAUACCAGUCGAUACCAAAGGGGCUGUUUGAAAGUCUACACCUUUCCAAGCUAAGCCACUGCUACAGCCUCCCACUAUGCAGGUUGGCGUUUUUGCGUUACACAAGGAGGGGGAGCAGCAACGCCUCAAAAACCGGCGAGGCCCCCCGAUAUCACGAAUAGUCCAGAAAUCACCCAUCGUCUCCUCACUUCCAUCAAGUAAUCGCCUCUUCAUCAUGUCGUUCGGAAUCGGAGUCGGUGAUAUCCUCAAGGUCAGCGAACUCGCCCUCGCCCUCUGGAAAGCCUGUUCAGAGGCGCCAAAAGAAUUCUCCGACCUUAGCCACCAGCUCAACAGCCUUCAGAAAGUCCUCAAAUCUCUCGUUGACGAUGUCGAGAACCCUCUUUCCCUCCUCAAUCGUCGUGGAAGUGACCGCGUCGAAGAAUUCAAGCAAGUUAUCAAAAACAUCGAAUUGGUACUUUUGGAUGUUGAGAGCAUUGUGAUGAAAUACCAACCUCUAGACAGCGGUUGGAAGACAGUGAGUGCUGGUAGAAAGAAGAGAGGUAAGGGCAAGGUUUUGGACUGUCUUGGAUUCUCGACGCAUGACUUGGGGCCUUUGAGGGAGAAAUUGGUAUUGCAUCUUACGGUCAUAACCACGUUCUACGAUGCCUUGCAUUCGAGCUCCUUGGCGAGGAUUGAAAGCCAUGUUGAGGAUAUCAGGAAUGCGAUCCGGGUGGAUGAGAAGGGCACCGCUAUAAUCGAGUUGGAGCAAAAGCUCCGAGACCAGAAGGAUAUGUCUGAAAGUGCGGUCACACAAGUUGUCGGUUGGAUAGAUUGCAAUGGCAGUUGCAUUGGCGGUUGGGUACUCAACACAUGCAAAAAAUGCGGCAGCGGCCAGGAACCAAAGUAAGAGCCUGCCAGUCUAUAUCACUCAACCAGGCAGAACUUUUGCUGACUGUUCCUGCCCUUCCAAGCUCACAACCAUGUGAUGAAUGUCGGGGCAGCGGGACUGUGUGCAGUCCUUGCACACAAUGCGGGCCAUAUCGAACCUUGGAGCUAAGUUCGAAUGUUGAAUGAACUCUGCAAGAGAAGUUGGCUGCCUACACAAUACCUACACAGGAGGAUUGUUCGGGU